GGACAGAGCGAGCAGAUGAAGGGCUGCUUUGUGGUGUUCUUGGAAAAUUUUGCACCUUUUGUGAAUUCUCUGAACUUUGGCAUUGCCAGCCCACUUCUGUUGGGCCCUGCUCCUUUACAGCUUGCUCAGAUUAAGACACAGUUGGCUCUUCAUCAGUUGAAUUCAGUUGCUUCUAACCGUUCUAUAGCAUCUUAUGCUUUGUUAAAUGAAGCAUUUUUGAAAAUUGCCAUGCUUAACCCUAGAGGAAACAUGCCUCCAAGGCCAAGGGGACCUAAUUCUUCUGGGCCAAUCCUACCUGGGCCUUUUCAGGGGCCGCGACCUGGACUGGAUGGUCUUCAAAGGCAGCACCCACCUGGCCCUCACAUAAUGCCCCAAAGAUUUGUAGGUUCAGAAAUGAGGGCAGGAUUUCCAAGGCCAAAUGUUCAACAUGGAAUGGAUCCAAGACGAGCAGGGGAGAGAAUGAAUAUGGAGCGGCACCAGAAAGAAGAAAGGCGUGCUACUCAAUGGGAUAAUCCAUUUCCACCAGGAAAUAGUAACCAGAGUCAGUCUACUUCAGGAAAGACUGCAGAACAUGCCACACGUGUUCAGAGCCGUUACACACCUGAGAGCGCUUCAAGCAUCUUAGCAAGCUUUGGCUUAUCUAAUGAAGAUUUGGAGGAACUUAGUCGCUAUCCAGAUGAUCAGUUGACACCUGAAAACAUGCCUUUAAUUUUGAGGGACAUCCGAAUGCGCAAAAUGGCUCACCAGUUACCAAGUUUACCUUCUCAGAGCAGAGAAAAGGAAAACUUUCGCAGUGAUGAUGGCCGUGCUUCUAUGGUGAAGAGCAAGGUAAUUGAUUAUGGGCAUGAAAGCAAGUAUGGAUAUACUGAAGCUCCCCUUGAAGUCAAAGUCUACGAUUCAGAUGUACCAAAUGAGCAGAACAUGAAAGGAUUUCCACCACAGCAGGCUCCUCUAGUGACUGCUGCACCCUCCUGUGUAACCAAUAGUCAAAUGAAUGCAGUUGAAGAACUAAUACGAAAAAUGGGAUUCCAGAGAAGCACACCCGGUACUCAGCCCUUUUUCCCCAUGGAUAGUUCCAACAAGGUACCAGGACUCUGCCUUCCUUCAGGAACUGGGGUUCCUCCAGCAGCCCAGCCCAUGAUGCCUGUGAUGCCCCCUGUUGUACCACCGAUGCCUGUGAUGCCUCCUAUUGUCCCACAAGCUUUGCCUCCACCACCACCUAUUGUCCAGCCUAUGAUGCCUCCUAUGAACCAGCCACCGCCCCCUUUUGUACCUCCAAUACUUGAGGGUGUGAAUAGGCAUGGUAGGAUUCAUCAUGAAUCCAGGGCUGAUCCUUCUAACGCGCCACCUGGACCUACCAGUGGUCAGAAAAAAUUCCAGAAAAACGAGAAUGCUAUUGAGUCUCCUUUUGGUGUAGUGAAAGCCUCCUGGCUUCCAGUUUUUUCACAGGCGGAUGCCCAGAAGCUGAAGAGACUGCCAACUCCAUCGAUGAUGAAUGAUUACUAUGCUGCAUCUCCAAGAAUAUUCCCACAUGUGUGUUCUCUGUGUAAUAUAGAAUGUAGACAUUUGAAGGAUUGGAUUCAACAUCAGAAUACUACUGCCCACAUUGAGAAUUGUCGUCAGCUCCGCCAACAAUUUCCUGACUGGAAUCCUGAAGCCCAUUCUUCAUCAAAAAGAUGUGAAAGUGAUAGAAGAGAGAACCCUACUGCAAGACGGCGUUCUGCCAGUUCUAGCCCAAGACGUUCAAGCUCUGGCCAUGCCUGGCGUCGAACUCGGUCACGAUCGAGGAGCCCUGGACAUCAUAGAACUAGUAGACCAAGAAGUCGAAGCCCAAGGCGACGGCUUAGUCCCAGGUAUAGGUCAAGGUCCCCACGGCGACCUCAAAACUUCAGAUUACGCUCUCGAAGGUCUUCUAGCAAAGAGAGAGAAUUGGGACGAUCUACCAGAUCUCCAGAUCAGGACUUGGAAGCUGCGGUGAAGUGUCUGGGGCCACGCUUUGUUGAACAGUUCAAUAAACAGAAAUCACUCCAAGCACUCGGCCGAGGGGCCUCAGCAACAAAGAGAACACCACCUGAGCCUGGGAAGAAGACCCCAAAUAAUCCUACAGUUCCUCCAAAGCCUUACAAAAGAGAUUUACCAGCUCAUGGCUCAUCUGAUACUAAUAUAAAGCCUCCCGAGGCUGCUGAUACGUCAGACAAAGGAGGAAUAGUAGCCGAGGGGAAAAAUAAGCAAUCACCUGUGAGAACACCAGCAAAGGAAACAAAUGUUUCCCAACCCGUUCCUUUCAACAGGCUUUUGACAGACAAAUGCUUGAGUUGUGGUACAGUUCUUCGAAUAUCUGAUUUACCAGAUGAUGGCUUUUCUGAUAACGAUAUUAAAAAAAUUGUUCAGCCAUUUGGAAAAGUUAGUGACAUCUUAGUGCUUCGUUCUAGAAAUGAGGCCUUUCUUGAAAUGAAUUACAAGGAGGCAGUAAUAGCAGCUGUUAAAUAUGGUGAAACAGUUCCAGUUUUGGUUAAUGGCAGACGUGUGAAAAUAAGUGUGGCAGAAAAAUCCCAAGCAGCUCCUAGUCAGAACAAAGGAAAUGGGAAGAAGGCCCCACAGAAUGUUAAGAAACCCCUUCCAAGCACGCCAAAUACCAAGAAACCUCCAGGCGCAAAGAAAUAUCAAAUUGCUUCAAAAAUAAUCGUACCAGCUACACCAGCAACCUCUGCCUCAAAUGACAAAAAGCCUGGAGAAACUCAAAAGGUUGGAGAGACAAAGGCACCUUUAAAACUGAAAAAGUCUACAGAUGUCAAGAAGACCAGAGGAACAAAAACAGCUGGAAAACAAAAGAAGCCUAUAGAUCCCAGGAAGCCCGAGGAGGCCCCAAAAGCCGCAGGGAGUAAGAAGACAACAGAACCCAAGACAGCUGUAAAAUCCAAGGCAAAAGAGCCUGGGGGGACAAAGACAGCUCUGAAACAAAAGAAGCCUACUGGAGACUCCAGGAAGCCUGAGGAGGCCAAAAGCGUAGAGAGCGAGAAGAGAGCAGAACCCAAGACAGCUGUGAAAUCCAAGGCAAAAGAAACAAACCCACCUGCACCUGUACCAGAUAUGACAGAGGCUGUAAAGAACACAGAAGCAAGUGAAUCAGUCAUCAAGGAGGCAGAAGAUACAUGUGUUGUGGUGAUUUCUAACCUGCCUGGGGCAGGUUUUGCUGUGGAUGACAUUACUGACUUAACCAAGCUCUUUGGAAAAGUAAAUGAUGUCUUAAUUGUGUCUUCACAUAAGAAGGCAUACCUAGAAAUGAGUUACAAAUGUGCAGACUCCAUGGUGAAAUUUUAUACCUGCUUUCCAAAGUGGGUGGAGAAGAACCAGCUUUGCAUUACUUUGGCACCUGAAUUCAAAGAUAUAAAAAAUGAGGAAGCUAUAUUUGUUUCUAUGAUUAAAGAUGCCAAUCCAAAGGUGAAUACAGAAAGCCUUCUUUCACAGUUUGUGCAUCUGGGCAACUUGCCAGAUGGGGGUUAUUCAGAACUUGAAAUACUUUGUGUUGGACUUCGAUUUGGACGCGUGGAUCACUACAUGGUGAUAACAAAUAAGAACAAGGCAAUUCUUCAGUUAGAUAGUGCUGAGUCUGCUGCAUCCAUGUGCCGCUUCCUGAAAAGGUAUCCCUACAGUCUUGGAAAGUCACAAUUGACAUUCUCUCGCUCGCCACAGAUUGAACCCUUGAUAGCUGAAGUCACGAGAAAGGAGGUGAAAAAAGAAGAACCAAGCAAUGAAAGCCCUGACUUGAACACAUUUCCCGAAGGAUCAGGAGUGGUGCACGCAGCUGCCGUUCCUUCAGCAAAGCCUACUGAGGCCAAGGAAGAACCCAGUUCUAAUAUGAAGGCGGAUACUCCAGAAGUAAAGACUGAAAAGUCGAACCCUGAGAAAGUGGUAUGUGAAGCAGCUCCAAAAUCAUCAAAGAUGGAAGCAUCAAAAGAGGAUUCUGGAACUGAAGCAACAACCACACCUACUGUGUCAGUUGAUUUAGGACCUUCUGAAGUAAAAUCUGAAGAAGUUCUUACUUUGACAUCCAACUUGGAGAAGAAAGAUAAAGUUACAGAUGCCUCUAAUGCUGAAUUGCUGGAAGCUGUGUCCACAGCUGCAGGGGAAAACAAAAGUGAAGAAUUAACCACUCCUGGUGGUAAACCCUCAGAAGAAUUGCCCAGCACAGCCAAAACAGAGAGCAUAGGGGCAGGCGCUACCACAACGGUGGAAGGAGACACAGUUGCUGCUGUUCUUGAGACAAUUCCACUGGACUCUGUAGAAGCUCAAAUGGAGGACCUGUCAGGUGGUGAUCUACAAUCAAAUAAUAAGCUGAUAACUCUGGAAGCAAAUAGUACUGAAGCAUCAGUAAAUAUGUCAGAAAUGCCUUCAGCUCAGGUUGGGGUGGUGUUAGACAAGGAAACUGAAAGCCCCUCUUCCACAGCUGAAGCUAAUGUGGUGGAGUCUGAGGCAGUGGUGAUGGAAUCUGAGGCAACGGUGGUGGAAGCUAUGGAAGUCACGAAGGAGAAACCUGAAUUACACAUAAUCAAGUCAGAGACAACUUUAGAGAAGCAACCUGAAAGGCUGGUACCAAAUGAAGGAGCAACCAAGGAGGAGAAAGCUGAAAAGAAUGCUAAUGAAAAGAGUCCUGAACAAAUUCUACCCAAACCAAGUAAAGGUUCAGGACAAUCUGAUGAAUCCGAUAACCUUACAGCAGAAUCAGCAACUGGUGCGGAGGCUAUUUCUGGUAGUAAAGGUGUCCUAAAGACUCUGUUUGUCCGAAAUACAUCAAAGACAAGAGCUGCAACUCAGAGAAAAGAGGAGCAGAAGCCUCUCACAAAGCCGGCAACCAGGAGCCGAACAGAUGCUGAGAAGAAACCCGUGUCGAAAGAAAUAAGUCAACAAAGACCUACAAGCAGCAGGUCAAAUUUGACGGAUAGCAGCAAAUCUAAGCUCAACGUAAGUUCUCUUGCUGUUGUGUUAGGCAGUGGGAAGAGUUCUUCACAACAAGACAAGGACUUCCAAGUGGAAAUUAAGGGUAGCUCAAAGCAGGCCCGAGAGCGGGAGAAUAGAUCAUCCAGCACGAAGCGAGAGAGCAGCAGUAAUAAGGCAUUUACUAGGAGAACUACUAGAAGUUCUAAAAGCAGCACAAAAGCAAAAGAGGAAGAGGAGCUUUCCCCAUUUAACUUGGAUGAGUUUGUUACCAUGGAUGAAGUUGUGGAUGAAGUAGAGUCUCCCUCUCAGCCCAGGAGGAACACUCUGAGGGGCAAAAGGAAAGAUGUAACAAAGAAAAACCCUCCUUAUGAACCAAGUCCUAAGAGAAGAAAGGGCAAGAACUCGGCUGCACGUGUUGCUGAGAGCGAGCUUUCGUUUGUCACACUGGAUGAGAUUGGAGAAGAUGAGAGUGGGCUGGCCCAGACAGAACUCUUAAACUUGGAAGUCAUGCCAGAUUCCCAGGCGUUGGUCACUGUUGAUGAAGUGAAUGAUGAUGACGAGCUGAUUGAUGAUGUGAUCAAAGAUCCACAGUCACUUGUUACUUUAGAUGAGAUAUCUGAGCAGGAAGACCCUGCUGUUCAUGAAACUGCUAAAGAUACCUUCACUUUAGGAGAUAGUGAAUCUGAUCUUAAAGCAGAGCCAUUAGUAACCGUGGAUGAAAUUGGGGAAGUAGAAGAGAUACCUCUAAAUGAGCCAUCACAUUUCAAGGUUGAUGAGAUUGUAAAAUCCAAGGACGAUGCAAAGCAGGUUGUUGACGAUCCUGGAGAUUUCCUUUCUUCUCAGAUCCCAGAAGAUCCCAGUACUCUAGUUACAGUGGAUGAAAUCCUUGAGGACAGCGAUGAUCAGCCACUGGUGACUUUGGAUGAAGUGACGGAAGAUGACGAAGAUUUCCUGGCAGACUUUAAUUGCAUGAAAGAAGGUCUUAACUUUGUUACUGUAGACGAAGUUGGCAGCGAGGAUGAGGAAGAGGAAAAAAACGACACUUCUAUCUGCACAAACGUGGAAGAGUCAGUUGUCAAAACUGUUUCAGAAAAAGAUAUUAUGAUGCCAGUUGCUGAACUGGGAGAGGAUGUGGCCGAUCUAGAAGAAGCUGGAAUUCCAGAUGGAACCCUAAUAGAGAAGACAGAACAGGCUUGUGAUGAACAUCUGGAAGAAACUGAGGCUCUGGCACAGGAUCCUGAAAAGAUCUCUGUUUCUGUGACUUCCACGGUAGACAGGCAGGCGACCUUAGAUACAAAGAAAGAUGGAGGAGGAGGAGAUUUGGAGAAAACAAGCAAGACACCUGAAGCAGACACAAGGUGUGAGCAGCCACUGGCAGAACCAAUCUUGAACCAAGCAGAAUUGUCAGGUAACAAGGAGAGCAAUAUGAGGGAGGAUCAGCAGCCAUCUGAGCCAGAGAGCUGUGUAGAGGGUGCUGUGGCUGACGCAACUGACAGAAGCUCAGCAUCCACAGCUAGUGAGGAGAAAACAAGAGAUGAUGUGCAGAUGCCUUCCCCAGAUUUGGAUGUUCCUCUGAGGGACAGUCAGACCACAGAAGCUGGAGAACCAGACACAAGAUCUGAACUGCAAGAGCAGAUUCCUGGCCAGCCUCCUGCUGCAAAUGUGAAGGAGGAGACAUCACAUUCCUCUGAAAAGCCAGAGAAAGUGUCAAAUAGGGAUGGCGCUAAGGAAAGGAAUGCUGAUCUGGCCUCAGGUUCACAUCAAGGUCAGUGGCCUGGUAUGCAUGUAACACUGAGCUAAAUUCUAGCUUAGUGUGAAUGAGUAAGAGUGCUGAUGUAUGGAGUGGGUCACAGCCACUUUGCACCUCCCCCACUACUGCUGCUGCUGCUUUACUGGGAGCUCCGCUAUGGUUUCAUUUAGCGUUAGGUGCAAACCUGUGCUCCUGGCUUGACUCCCCUAUACAAACAAUGAGCUGUAGCCAAGGCUUGUUGGACUUCAGGAAAGCUGAUUUCAAUAAACUCAGAACAAUUGUAAGUAUGGUUCCAUGGCAAGCAACCCUAAUGAGAAAAGGAGUCCAAGAUGGGUGGGAGUUUCUAAAAAAGGAAAUUCUAAAAGCGCAAUGGCAAGCAAUUCCAACAAGGAAAAAAGGGGGGAAACAGCAGAAGAAGCCAAUGUGGCUUCACAAAAAGCUUAGAGAUGACCUGAAAACAAAAAAGGACACAUGAAGUAGAAGGGGCAUGAUUGGAGCUUGAGCUUGACAGACAAAUGGUCAAGGAAUACCUAAUCACUUUGAACAAGUUCAAAUCGGCAGGGCCCGAUAAACUGCAUCCUAGAGUAUUGAAGGAAGUACCUGAAGAACUCUCAGAACCGCUGUCUAUUAUCUUUGCAAAAUCAUGAGGGACUGGUGAAGUGCCAGAUGACUGGAGGAGAGCUAAUGUUGUCCCUAUCUUCAAAAAGGGCAAGAAGGAGGAACCAGGGAACUACAGACCAGUCAGCCUAACAUCAAUCCCUGGAAAAACUCUGGAGCAGAUUAUAAAGCAGUCAGUCUGUAAGCACCUUGAAAGCAAUGCAGUGAUUACUAGGAGCCAACAUGGAUUUAUGAGGAACAAAUCCUGCCAAACUAAUGUUAUCUCAUUUUUUGAUCAGGUAACCUCCCUUGUGGGAAUGCUGUGGACAUAAUAUAUGUCGACUUCAGCAAAACUUUUGACAAACUGCCCCAUUAUAUUCUGAUUAGCAAGCUAGCUAAAUGUGGGCUGGAUGGAACAACUAUGAGAUGGAUCCACAGUUGGUUCCAGAAUCGUACUCAGAGUGCUUAUCAGUGGUUGCUUCUCAAACUGGGCGGAAGUAAUGAGUGGGGUACCACAGGCCUUGGUCCUGGGCCCAGUGCUCUUCAACAUUUUUAUUAACGACUUGGAUGAGGAGGUACAGAGCAUGCUUAUCAGAUUUGCAGAUGAUACAAAAUUGGGGGGCAUAGUUAAUACCGUGGAAGACAGAAACAAAAUUCAAAGGGACCUUGAUAGGCUGGAGCAUUGGGCUGAAAACAACAGAAUGAAAUUCAACAGGGAUAAAAGCAAAGUUCUACACUUAGGAAAAAGAAACCAAAUGCACAGUUAUAAGAUGGGGGAUACUUGGCUCAGCCGUACGACAUGUGAGAAGGAUCUUGGAAUUGUCAUUGAUCACAAGCGGAAUAUGAGUCAACAGUGUGAUGUGGCUGCAAAAAAGACAAACACUAUAUUAGGCUGCAUUAACAGAAGUAUAGUUUCCAAAUCAUGUGAAGUAUUAGUUCUCCUCUAUUCAGCACUGGUUAGGCCUCAUCUUGAAUACUGCGUCCAGUUCGGGUCUCCGCACUUCAAGAAGGAUGCAGACAAACUGGAACAGUUUCAGAGGAGGGCAGCAAGGAUGAUCAGGGGACUAGAAACCAAGCCCUCUGAGGAGAGACUGAAAGAACUGGGCAUGUUUAGCCUGGAGAAGAGAAGACUGAGGGGAGAUAUGAUAGCACUCUUCAAGUACAUGAAAGGUUGUCACACAGAGGAGGGUUGGGAUCUCUUCUCGAUCAUCCCAGAGUGCAGGACACAGAAUAAUGGGCUCAAGUUGCAGGAAGCCAGAUUUCAACUGAACAUCAGGAAAAACUUCCUAACUGUUAGAGCCCUACGACAAGGGAACCAAUGACCUAGAGAGGUAGUGGGCUCUCCAACAAUGGAGGCAUUCAAGAGGCAGCUGGACAGCCAUCGGUCAGGAAUGCUUUGAUUUUUAUUCCUGCAUUGAGCAAGGGGUUGGACUUGAUGGCCUUAUAGGCCCCUUCCAACUCUACUCUUCUAUGAUUCUAAGCCCAGGUUUGCACACAACCAUGGGUUGGCUCCUGGAGGCAUGGUGGGAGCACAGGAGGAGCGAAGCAGCAGCAAGUUUUCCUCUGUCCACCUGCACAGUCUCUCAUCUGUGCUUAGCUGUGAGUUAGCAUUAUAUGCAAACGAGACCAGUAUGAUAUUGUUACUGUUCUGCAUCUGUUAGAAAAA